AUGGAAAGCACGCCUUCCAGACAUGGAGGCAAAAAGCAAGUUCAGGUGCAGAGCUCUGCCACGCUGCCUCGUGUUGGCUCACUCGACUCGACCGAAUCCGCGGUGCAGUCGGUGACCCGGCAGGUGCGAGUGGUCCAGUCGAGCCAGUCCAUUCAGGAGGAUGAGGAUGCUCCGGGUGGUCUCUCGUUGCUCCUGAACCUGUACCGGUUCAAUGAGCGGAUCACCAUGCGAGCGAAGUCGCUUGCGUCCAUGCUGACGGGAACAGGAUCGUCAAAAGCUUGGUCUCCUGGCGUGCUGGAACGAUCAUUGUACGACGGUAAGAAGCGGGACGACGAUUCCAGUGACAUCCUCAACAUCAAGGAGCUCUUCCGUGGAUCCUCUGAUGCCUUUCCCGACUCGGAUCCGAACAUUUUGCAGUUUCACCUGUCUCCCUGGGCAAGGAUCGUAGAGCUGAUCCGGCUGAUCUCCGUGGUUGGCACGUGCAUCACUGCACCCCUCAGCUUUAUCCUCGCCGGGGAGUGGGCCUUGCCAGACUCGGUCCCUGGUGGCCACGCCCUCUUGGCAAUGGACUGCAGCUUCGACGUUGUCUACGCCGUCUGCCUUGUGAUCCGAUUCCGCAUAUCCUUCCUGCAUCCUCUCACUAAGAAGGAAGUCACAGAUCCUCUCAAAAUUCGGCGCUACUUCACUGGCAGCUUUGUCUGGUGGCUCGAAGCCAUCAGCGUCUUUUCCCACCUGUGGCUAGGACUCGGCGCCUCAUUGUUGCUCAACAACUUGAAGAUCAUCCGCGUAGGUCCUUUACUCAAGUCCCCAGAUGCUCUUUGGAGGUGGGAGGACAGCAAGCUUGUGCGCCUUGGUCGGCCACCAUUUCUGCUGGUCCUGGCAGCGCACUGGACUGCCUGUCUUCUCUUCACACUGGGUGGCUUCCGAGACGAGCUGAUGCGCGACGAAACGGAGUAUGCGACAAAGUUCAACAUGGGUUAUGGCAUCUCAGGUGAAGUGUCUGGUGGCGUGUCGCUGUACUUUAUGGCAUUUGUCGAAGCACUGUACAUGCUCACGGGCGCCAUGGACAACCCUCUGGGAGAUGGGGGCCCCCGAAACAAGGAUUUCGGAGCUUUGCUCAUGAUCGCCAUCUUUGGGCCAGUGGGUUGUGUGGUGGUGGCUCUCUUCAUCUCUGCAAUCAUGCGCGAGCAGCAGAGAGCAUUGGCCCUCGACAGCAAGCAUGAGGAGAGCAAGGCGUUUAUGGAGCGCGCGCUGCAGAUCCUGGAGAUCCCUGAUCAGUUGCAGCAGCGCGUGUUGAGCAUGCACCUGUUCCAGAAGUUCGAGCAUGACGUUGAGGCUUUCAAUUCCUUGUUCGAGAAGAAAAACCUCAGCAAACCGUUGGAGAACACCUUGCUCGUGUAUCUCUAUCGCGAUGGGGUGGCGCAGUCGCCAUACUUCAGGGGCAAGGAUCCCAACUACAUCAUCGCAGUGCUCCAAGUUCUUGAGGAUGAGGUGUACCUUCCGGGCGACUACGUUGCGCGCAGAGGCGAAGUGGCCCACGCGAUGUACUUCGUCAGCCGUGGCGUUCUCUCCAUCCACGUUCCGGACCACGAGGAUGAGCAGAAUGUGGACAAAGCGAAGGAGAUCAAGAAGCUGAGCAUUGGGGAGCAGUUCGGUGAAAUAGCGUUGGUCAAGGACACAGUGCGGACAGCCUGGGUGCGUGCAGAUACGUAUGCCAUCGUGUCUGCGCUGCCGUCGAAGUCUAUCAGGCAUGUCUGGGACUUCUAUCCCAGGGAGAAGGAGGAGCUCGUCCGCACAGUGGAGGCGCAUGCGAAGCGGGACCGGGAGCGCAAAGCCAAGCAGCGUUGGGAGCGCGGCUUGGCGGGCGCCACGGUGACCCCCUGGAAGAUCAGGGGCAUGCCCAGCACGCACAGCCUUCCGAAGCCCAAGGGGGAGGAUGGGGUGAAGAGUUCCAAGUCCGUCACCUUUGAGGGCCAAGCACAAAGCGAGCAAAGCGAGCAAAGCGAUGGUGCAGACACGCCGAAGAGCACGGCCUCUCGUGAGCCUUCACCUGCUGCCGCCGACGUCGGCGAGUUUGUGGGCAGGAGGCUUCAGGCGGUGGAAGGCCGUAUGGACGAGCUGCUGCGCCGGCAGAGUUCGCUAGAAAGGGUGCUGACGGAGGAGCUGGCAAGGCUGCAGAAGACGCUGCUGUCCGGCACAGGAUCUCCGCCAUCUCAUGCCGAGGAGAAGGAGCGCGGCAGCUGGAAGCUUCCCCUGGAGGAGAAGUGGACCCAGCGUAGUGCAAAAGGCGACCAGGAGCCUCGCAAGAGGUCCAAGCAAAAGGUGCGGCGAGUCUUGGCGGACAGACCCUGCCUAGACUUGAUCACCGCAGAAGAGGCUGUCGUGGCGCAAGAGCGCGUGAGUCCAGUCCCUCAUCAGCCCGAUCACGAGACGGCUGGUGGCUCACGAUUGAGCCCAGUGCCGGCGCAGGCAGCGGGAAUGCCGGAGGCCGCCCUCGAGCCACUGCAGGGCUCCCGGUCUUCCGCCGCCUCGGCAGACAGGAGGCCGAGCCAGGACGCAGCCUCUCCUUCCUGGCUGCCUUCGGCGCCGCUCGUGGACCCCGAGUUGGUGACGCUGCAGGUGGAAUCAGGCACUACUCUGUCUGUCGAGGACAUCAAGCUUCCCAAACAUGCGUGA